CUCAUCCCGAGCCUUGGUCAUGUGACUCUUCCCAUCGGUUGGGAUUUCUCUCUCGGCAUGGCGGAGAUGAUGGAGCUCGGUCUGCUGUCUAAUACCAUUUGUUAUUCACUGUGAGGAGGACACGGGCAUUUUUGUUGUCGGUAAACCUUUUUGCGCCGUUCUUUCCCCCGGUUUGUGGCCAUAAUGGCGGAGCGCGGUGUGGAUGUGUCCGCUCUCCCCCAAGAGGUCCGGGAGCAGCUCGCUGAGCUGGACCUGGAGCUGUCGGAGGGUGACAUCACACAAAAAGGAUACGAGAAGAAGAGGGCCAAAGUUUUAGCACCCUACUUAACACAAAUACAAAACUUGGCUCCGCCUCCGGCAUAUGAUGCACAGUCCCCUGGUCCAAGCUCCGCCUCCGCCUCCGCACCUGAACCUGAACCUGAACCUGAACCUGAACCUGAACCUGGCCCGUCAAACUCAUCCUCUUCCUCUUCACGCCACCGGCGCACACGGCGACCACACCGAAGCAGCGGGACUAGAGAUGAACGCUACAGAUCAGAUAUCCACACUGAGGCAGUUCAGGCAGCAUUGGCCAAGCAUAAAGAGGAAAAGAUGGCGCUGCCCAUGCCAACCAAACGUCGGUCCGCAUAUGUACAGUCACCAAUUGACAACUGCACCCCACCAGACUCCUCAUCUUCCUCUGACGAUGAGGCCGUGUCAAGUGAAAGUGCAGGGCCUCAGCAGUCUCCAGAUACCUGGAUUAAUAGCUCUCUGCACGGCUCCUCCACCUCCUCCUCUGCCUCCUCCACUCUCUCACAUGGGGAGUCUCGGCCCACCCAGGCCCCUCAGCCUCAGUCUCAGCAGGUCCCACCUCCACCCGCACCUGCCCACCCACCCCACUCCCACUCCCAGCCCUCCGCCCUGGCCGAGGCCCUCGCUCAGGCACGCAUCGAUCCAGGAGGAGGAGUCGGGCCUCCUGAUGUGCCAUCCCAAGCUCAGGCCAGAGGCUCUCGUGUGGAUCUGCCUCCCAAUGCCGCGGUGCGAGGCAUGAGUCGAGGACAGAGCCGGUCCAGCAUGAUGGAGACAGCAGACGUGAGAAGAAUAGGCAGAGGUGUUCCGGUGUCCAGUCGUGUGUCCACAAAGAUCCAGCAGCUGCUAAACACGCUAAAACGACCAAAACGCCCGCCACUCAGUGAGUUCUUCAUGGAUGACCAAGAGGAGAUCGUGGAAGUUCCUCAGGCAGAUCCUAACACCCCUAGGCCAGAAGGCCGGCAGAUAAUCCCAGUGAAGGGGGAACCGUUGGGUGUGGUCAGUAACUGGCCUCCUGCUCUUCAGGCAGCAUUAACUCGAUGGGGUGCCACACAGGGCAAAAGCCCUGCCCUCACAGCUCUGGAUAUCACAGGAAAACCACUCUAUACACUUACGUAUGGGAAACUGUGGAGUCGAAGUGUAAAGCUGGCCUACACUCUCCUCAACAAGCUGGGAGCCAAAAAUGAGCAGAUCCUCAAACCAGGAGACCGGGUGGCGCUGGUGUAUCCUAACAGUGACCCUGGUAUGUUCUGGGUCGCAUUUUAUGGCUGUUUGUUGGCAGAAGUCAUUCCUGUGCCCAUAGAGGUUCCACUAUCCCGAAAGGAUGCGGGUAGCAGCCAAGUAGGUUUUUUGUUAGGUAGCUGUGGGGUGGGUCUGGCUUUGACAAGUGAGAUCUGUUUGAAGGGUUUACCCAAGACCCCCACUGGAGAAAUAUUACAGUUUAAAGGCUGGCCCAGGUUAAAGUGGGUGGUGACAGACUCCAAAUACCUCACGAAGCCUUCGAAAGACUGGCAGCCUCAUAUCCCAACAGCCAACACAGACACGGCAUACAUAGAGUAUAAGGCCAGUAAGGAGGGCACAGUGAUGGGUGUUGCGGUUUCAAAAGUUGCCAUGUUAACACAUUGCCAGUCACUCACUCAGGCCUGUAACUACUGUGAGGGUGAGACACUGGUGAAUGUUUUGGACUUUAAGAAGGACAUGGGUUUGUGGCAUGGAGUUCUCACGAGUGUGAUGAACCGAAUCCACACCAUCAGUGUUCCAUAUGCAGUAAUGAAGGCCUGUCCACUGUCCUGGGUUCAGAGAGUUCACAUACACAAAGCACGUAUUGCCUUGGUGAAGUGUCGUGACCUGCAUUGGGCGAUGAUGGCUCACCGAGAUCAGAGAGACACCAGUCUGGCCUCCUUGCGCAUGCUAAUUGUUGCUGAUGGAGCCAAUCCUUGGUCGGUUUCAUCAUGUGAUGCAUUUUUGAACGUAUUCCAGGCUUAUGGUUUGAAACCAGAGGUCAUCUGCCCGUGUGCUACAUCACCUGAGGCCAUGACGGUUGCCAUUCGCAGGCCUGGUGUCCCCGGUGCACCUCUUCCAGCGAGAGCCAUCCUGUCCAUGACUGGGCUGAGUCAUGGGGUCAUCAGGGUCAACACUGAAGACAAGAACUCUGCUCUCACCGUCCAGGAUGUGGGACAUGUCAUGCCUGGAGCAUUGAUGUGCAUUGUGAAACCGGAUGGGCCGCCCAUGCUGUGUAAGACGGAUGAGAUCGGGGAGAUCGUUGUGAACUCUCGUGCUGGUGGAACCAUGUACUACGGCCUGUCCGGAGUCACUAAAAACACCUUUGAGGUGAUCCCAGUCAACGCUAGUGGUGCUCCUAUUGGUGAAAUCCCAUUUGUGCGGUCGGGAUUGCUGGGUUUUGUUGGACCGGGUAGUCUGAUAUUUGUGGUGGGUAAGAAUGAGGGCUUGCUAAUGGUUAGUGGUCGUCGUCACAAUGCUGACGAUCUAGUAGCGACAGCACUAGCGGUGGAACCAGUCAAAACUGUGUACAGAGGCAGAAUUGCUGUGUUCUCAGUGACUGUGUUCUAUGAUGAGAGGAUAGUAAUCGUAGCUGAGCAAAGGCCUGAUGCCAGUGAAGAAGACAGCUUCCAGUGGAUGAGUCGGGUUCUGCAGGCAAUUGACAGUAUUCAUCAGGUUGGAUUAUACUGUCUUGCACUGGUUCCUGCUAACACCCUGCCCAAAACUCCCCUGGGGGGCAUUCACAUCUCAGACACCAAGCAACUCUUCCUAGAGGGGGCGCUGCACCCCUGCAACAUCCUCAUGUGCCCCCACACCUGCGUUACCAACAUGCCCAAACCACGUCAAAAACAACCAGUCGGUGUCGGCCCUGCAUCCAUCAUGGUGGGUAAUUUGGUUGCUGGGAAAAGAAUUGCGCAGGCUGCAGGCAGAGAUCUGGGACUCAUAGAAGACCAAGACCUGGUCAGGAAGCUGUGUAUGUGGCCUACAAUGAUGCAUCAGUUCCUUACAGAGGCUUUACAGUGGAGAGCACAAACAGAUCCUGACCAUACGCUUUAUGUACUUUUAAAUGCCAAGGGAGUGGCAGUGUGUACAGCUACAUGUGUUCAGCUUCAUAAAAGAGCAGAGAAGAUUGCUGCUGCUCUCAUUGAGAGAAGUGGUAUUAACAUUGGAGAGAAUGUGGUGCUUUUGUAUCCACCAGGUAUAGAUCUGAUCGCUGCAUUUUAUGGCUGUUUGUACGCUGGUUGUAUUCCUGUCACCGUGAGGCCUCCACACCCACAGAACCUCUCAGCAACUCUGCCCACUGUCCGCAUGAUUAUCGAUGUCAGCAAGGCUGCUUGCAUUCUCACUACUCAGGUUUUAACAAAGAUUCUCAGAUCUAAAGAAGCAGCCGCUACAGUCAACAUAAAAACAUGGCCCAUCAUAAUAGACACAGAUGACUUGGCUCGCAAACGACCUCCCACAAUCUACAAACCGCCCAAUGCUGAGAUGAUCGCCUAUCUGGACUUCAGCGUCUCAACCACAGGCAUGCUGACAGGAGUGAAGAUCUCUCACGCGGCGGUGAGUGCUCUGUGCCGCUCUAUAAAGCUACAGUGUGAGCUGUACUCCUCUCGCCAGAUCGCCAUCUGCCUCGACCCCUACUGUGGACUUGGUUUUGUGCUCUGGUGCCUUGCGAGUGUAUACUCAGGUCAUCAGUCUAUCCUGAUACCUCCUAUGGAGCUGGAGAGCUCACUGCCCCUGUGGCUGGGCACGCUCAGUCAGUACCGCAUCAGAGACACCUUCUGCUCCUAUUCUGUCAUGGAGCUCUGCACCAAAGGCCUGGGCGGACAGACGGAGAUGCUGAAGGCACGUGGUGUGAACCUGUCGUGUGUGAGGAGCUGUGUGGUGAUUGCUGAGGAGCGUCCGCGCUUGGCUCUCACACACUCCUUCUCCAAACUGUUCAAAGACCUUGGACUCUCCAUGCGGGCUGUCAGCACUGCUUUUGGGUCGAGAGUUAACCUGGCCAUCUGCCUACAGGUAGAUUACCUGAAGUUCGAACUUUGCAAGUUGCUUUUCCUCUGCAAUACGUGUGCAGCUGAUCUGUAUGUGUGUGUGGGUUUGUGUUUUUCACAGGGUACAACUGGACCAGACCCCUCAACUGUGUAUGUGGACAUGAAGUCCCUCCGACAUGACCGGGUGAGGUUAGUAGAGCGAGGAGCGCCACAGUCUCUUCCUCUCAUGGAGUCUGGAACAAUUCUUCCUGGUGUGAGGGUGAUCAUAGUAAAUCCAGAAACUAGAGGACCGCUAGGGGACUCUCAUCUAGGAGAGAUUUGGGUGAACAGUCCCCACAAUGCAACAGGAUACUACACAAUAUACGGAGAGGAAAACCUGCAGGCUGACCACUUCAACACUAAACUGAGCUUUGGAGAUCCUCAAACACUCUGGGCCAAAACUGGAUACCUGGGAUUUGUCAAGAGAACAGAACUCACAGACUCCAGUGGAGAUCGCCAUGACGCCCUGUUUGUGGUGGGCUCUCUGGAUGAGACUUUAGAAUUGAGAGGUUUGCGAUAUCAUCCAAUUGACAUCGAGACCAGCGUAUCACGUGCCCACCGCAGCAUCGGUGAAAGUGCUGUGUUCACCUGGACAAAUCUGCUGGUGGUGGUGGCUGAACUCUGCGGAUCAGAGCAGGACGCUUUAGACCUGGUCCCGCUGGUAACCAAUGUAGUAUUAGAGGAGCACCAUCUGAUUGUGGGUGUGGUGGUUAUUGUUGACCCAGGGGUCAUUCCUAUAAACUCCAGAGGAGAAAAGCAGCGAAUGCACUUGAGAGACUCCUUCCUGGCAGAUCAGUUGGACCCCAUAUACGUAGCGUACAACAUGUGAGCUGGGAUAUGGGCGAGCCAAAGGCCUGCCAGAGCGGUGCUACGGAGCCUGGCCUCAGAACUUGGAUUGAGUUCAUAAACGGAAAGACUUGGCCCUGUUUUUUCAGGGAUAAGGUGUCAUUUUCCACAAUACAAAUGUGUGAGAUGAAGUUUUGGAGAAGGGAUGCUAUAAUAGAAUUUCCCUUUUAGUUCAAUUCCUUCUCCCCCAGAAUCCCACUCUCACACAAUGCCACAUAAUGUCUGCCCAAUUCUUGGUCAUGAUUUAAAUUUACUUGAAUUACAUAGCUCUUUUUUCUUCUCAAACACUCUCCUAUUCUAGCACUGGCUGGCGUGUACUUUUUUAUUUAUUUAUUAAAAUGAGCUUAAAGCCUCAGUUUUUAAGUUUU